AUGGAUAAAAGUGGUGCCUCAGGGACUAGCAAGUCUGCGGCUGCAGACUUAGCACGAUAUCAAGCCCAGUGGGAGAAGAUUCACAAUGAUACUAUUCGACAAAUAAAACAAGUCAAAGAACAAGAGGCCCGAAACGCCAAACUGAGAGCAGAAAGGUCCAACCAGUCGCCUCGAGGAUAG